CUCGUGUGGUCUCGCGGCUCGCCCUCGGCUUUGCGUCGCUUUAUUGCUCAGUAGCGUUAGCUAACCUGGCUAAAUGUCAGGUUUACAGCGCACAAAACGUUGCCAUUUCAGCUGCUAGCUCUGCCCCAAAGCUGACGUUAACGCAUACGGGAUUGAUAAAAACAGUACACUGUAGCCGUUCAGUGGCAAAGGAGGGGGAGGGGGGGGGAUGGAAUUUUAGCGUGCCGGGCUGCCAGGAAAUAUUUGGACCAGGGGUCGGGUUUUCUGACAGAUUGGACAAUGCGGAACAAAGAUGGGCCCAUUUCAGCAAGUCUUACGGAUCCCUCUGAUAGAACGGUACCAGAAACUCCAGAGGCAAAGCGUCCAUCAGGGCCCAGGACUGCCAGAGCCUCCACAGCUGUGGUAGCAGAUUCAUCUUCAGAUUCAGAUGUUGAGAUAUCUGGGAGUUCUGUGAUGUGGUUGGGGACUGUGAAUACUGGGAAGAAAGCGGUGACAGCUCAGGAUGUCAUCUUGCUGUCUGUGGAAGAGGAGGAAAUAAUGGAGGUGAAGAUGCAAACAGUUCGAGAGCAGCAAAAUGAGGAGACACCGUGUCUCAAAGGCCAGGACAGCAGUCAAGAAAAAGCUUUGCUCGUGGAGACACCUGGCAACAGAGAUACAGUGAGUAAGAGGAAGCAAGAGAUAUGUGACAGUUCUCGGGAGAACGUCCCUUCUGCGCACCGCAAAAAGAGGCGCAUGUCAGAGACAGAUGACUCCGUGGAAGAGGGCCCUGAACCCAGCUGGAAGGAGCAGGAGGCCAUGGUGAGGAGACUACAGCGCAAGUUUCCCCAUCUGGACAAGAACGAGCUCCGCGAUGUGCUGGAGGAACACAGCUGGGUGGUGGACGACACACUGGAAGCUCUGCGGAUGUUCUCUGACCAUGCAGCAGUGGAAUCCAGCAGUGAGGAGUCCAAAGCUUCACCUGCACCUCAACACAGGAGUGAAAAUCCCAGUCCCAGUACCUCUGCUUCAUCGCCCUGUCCUCCUGCCAGGUCAGCAUCGCCUCCAGAACCGCACAGACCUCUCAGCAGGACCAAAGACGCGCGGAAUAGGAUGCGGCGAAGAGUGGAGGCCAGGAAGCAGAGCGCAAGCUCAGAAGACAAUGACAGCGACUUUGAGGCGUCUUCAGAAAACCUGGAGCUGGACUCUGACCCGGAGCAGGCGGACAAGGCGCUGCCCUGGCUCAAGGCACAGAUCCUUCGCUUCUUCCAGAGCGCUGCAGUGGAUGAGCUGACACUCAUCGCUGGGUGUUCUUUGAAGAAAGCUCAGAAGAUUGUAGAACUGCGGCCGUAUAAAACAUGGGAUGAUCUGGACGACGCCUUAAACAGAGGUAAUGGGCUGUCUGCUGACCUGCUGGCUGGCUGUCGUGAGGUCCUGAGGGAACGGGAGGUGGUGCAGGGGCUCAUGGGAAGGUGUGAGGAAAUUUCCAGAAAGAUGGCCCGGGUGGUGCAGGAGGGUUUAGGCUCGAUGACCCAGCCACACAUCCUCAACAGCACCUUGCAGCUAAAGCCAUACCAGCUGAUUGGCCUCAACUGGCUGGUACUGCUUCACCAGAACCAGCUGAGUGGGAUCCUCGCAGACGAGAUGGGUUUGGGAAAAACCAUCCAAGCCAUCUCAUUUCUGGCUCACCUCUACCAGGCGGGCAACCAGGGCCCACAUCUCGUCACGGUGCCCUCCUCUACCCUGGAUAACUGGGUUCGGGAACUGAACCUUUGGUGUCCUUGUUUGAAAGUUCUGGUGUAUAAUGGCUCUAUUGAAGAAAGGAGGUGUAUGCGUUAUGAGAUUCUCAGCAACAUGGUGGACUACAACAUCAUUGUCUCAACGUACAACUUGGCCAUCGGGAAUUCCAGUGACCGGAGCCUGUUCCGAAAGCUCAAGCUGGAGUAUGCUGUGUUUGACGAGGGACACAUGUUAAAAAACAUGAGCUCACUGCGCUAUCGCCACCUGAUGGCCAUCAAUGCAAAAUACCGACUGCUGUUGACUGGAACACCAUUGCAGAACAAUCUCCUGGAGCUGAUGUCUUUGCUGAACUUCAUCAUGCCCAAUAUGUUCUCCAGCAGCACCUCGCAGAUCGGCAAGAUGUUUUCCAUGAAAUCCUCAGAAGAGCAGAGCACCUUUGAGAGGGACAGGAUUGCUCACGCCAAACGGAUUAUGAGGCCCUUUAUCCUGCGGCGCAUUAAGAAUGAGGUCCUGAAGCAGUUGCCUGAGAAGGAGGAGCAGGUUGAGUUCUGUGCCAUGAGUGAGAAACAGCAGCAGCUUUAUGAUGCCCUGUUCCACAAGCUGAAACACUCCAGCAGCGGCGAGAAACGGGAACUGACCAAUGUGAUGAUGCAGCUGAGGAAGAUGGCCAAUCACCCGCUCCUGCAUCGCCAGUACUACAACAGCAAGCGGCUGUCCACCAUGAGCCAGCUGAUGCUCAAGGAGCCCAGUCACCGUGAUUCAGACCCAGCUCUGAUAAAGGACGACAUGGCGAUGAUGUCGGACUUUGAGCUACACCGCCUGUGUCAGCAGUAUCCAUCUCUGCAGGAGCACCAGCUGAGCACAGACCUUUUACUGGACUCAGGGAAGCUCCACCUCCUCACACGCCUUCUGACGGACCUCAAAGAGCAGGGAGACCGAGUUGUCCUCUUUAGCCAGUUCACCAUGAUGCUGGACAUCCUGGAAGUGUUGCUCAAACACCAAAAGCACAGAUACAUCCGAUUGGAUGGCUCCACCCCCAUGAGUAACAGAAUAGUGCUGAUCGACCAGUUCAACACGGAGCAGGACAUCUUUGUGUUCCUGCUGUCCACAAGGGCAGGAGGCCUGGGAAUCAACCUGACUUCUGCUAACGUCGUCAUCCUUCACGACAUUGACUGCAACCCUUACAACGACAAGCAGGCAGAAGACCGCUGUCACCGUGUCGGCCAAACCAGGACUGUUAAGGUCAUCCGGCUUAUAAGCAAGGACUCCAUAGAGGACGCUAUGCUCCGCAUCGGCCAGAGGAAACUCAAACUAGAGCAGGACAUGACUGCCACUCAGGAGGGUGAUGAAGAUAUUAUUCCUGAUGACAUGGCUUCCCUCUUGAAGGCCUCUUUGGGACUCUGAGAAGCUGAUCAGGACUGGCAUCCUGUGCACAUUAGUAUAUUGCAUUUGAACUAAAACACUGUCAAACAACUGAUCCUGAACUACUUGCCAUUAAAAGGUGCUUAGAUGAUGUCAGUUGUACAUGUCUAUCUUGAGAAUUCCUUAGAACUUUCUGCUGAUGGUGCAGCCAGAUAUCUGUUGACAUUUUUACGUUCUGAAUGUGAGUACUGAUUCUGUUGACAUAAAUGUUGUAUUGUUUUUGAUCAGUGUUUAACAAAUGUUUUUUUUUUUUUAAGUUGGAAAAUAUUCCAUUGCCAUUUUUUGCUUAUGUCCAUCAAUUUGGAGAAUUCAGUAUAAGUUUCUGAUGAAGGUGCAGUCCGAAAUCUGUUUACACUUUCCCAUUUUGAAUGUGAGUGUUGUCUUUUAUUUGUGGUGUUGUCAAAUAUUUAAAUAAAGUUUAAAAGGCCA